AUGGCCACGACAUUUUAUAGCGAUAAUGGUCAUUUAGUCUUAAAAAAGCCUAAUAUUAAUGCAAUAGCUACUGAAAUUAUUCUAAAGUAUCUAUAUUGUGGAGUAGUGGAUUUUAAUCGUCAAAAAAAAGAAAUUAUCUUGGAACUUUUAGUUGCUGCUGAUGAACUUGGUGUUCAAAGACUUAUUAAUUCUGUUCAAGAUUUCUUGGUCCAAAAUUGUUACAAAUUUUUACAAUCAGAUCUCAUGAAAAUGUUGAACUUUAUUACUUGUCAUAACUCAUUUGAUAUUCUUAAAAAAGCUUGUUUAAAAUCUUUAACUAAAAAUUGCAAAGACUUUUUACGAAAAGAUCCUAUUAAUAUACUUCAUUUUAUUAUUCAUCAUGAAACAUUUCAUGAAUUAAGAAAAGUUACUUUAGAUGCUAUUUAUUUCAUGUUCGAUGUAUGGCCAUUCAGGCACCUUCUUCCUGAUAAUUUAAUUGAGGAUAUAUUACGUUGUUAUUUGGUUUCAACUGCCAUACCUCUCUAUCACGGAUUUCCUGCUAGAUCUGGCAACGUUAACCUUAAAAUCGACUCGGUUUUAAUUAAUAAAAAGAUUGCUCUAUUAUUUACAAAAUGGAUAGAUAAAAAAUCUAUAGAUGAUGAAAAUUCAAGGAAAUUUCAUUCAUUUGCAAUCUCAGAUUAUGAGGUAUUUCAUGUAGCUAAAAUUGCUAUAAAAUGA